AUGGCUGAAGUGGAACAGCUGAGAGAACAGAUCCGUCAGCUACAGGCAGACAAUGACCGCCUGCAGCAGCGACCAUUUGCAGAGCAUGUUAUCGACUCUGACCUCCGCAGAGAAUUGAAGAGACUUGUCCGUCAAACCCCAGGGAUGUCCAUGCUGGAGGUGCGUGCUGCCGCCAUCCAAUGGGAGUGUGAGGGCAGGCCCAGUGACUUCAAUAGAGUGCCCGAAGGGUUGCUGGUUCACGCCACUGUUGAGAGUCUCCCUGUGGAGAUUUCUGAAGACUCACCAGAAAUGGAAGCUGUUGUGGCUAGCAUGCAGGCUCCUAAUGUAGAAGGUAUACCGAAGUCAGCGAGAGAGCAGAUACAGGCCCUUGAUUUGUCAGUGCUAUUAGAGAAUGAGCAAGAACAGGUAAGGGCAUUCCUGUUAAAACAUGAGUCAGUGUUCUCAGCUUUCGAGGGUGACCUUGGCUGUACUAAUCUUAUCGCCCAUGAGAUACCCCUGCUGGACGACAAACCAGUCAGGCAACGUUAUAGGCGUCUUCCCCCUUCUGAUUAUGAUGCUGUUAAGGCUCAUCUGAGACAGUUAUUGGACAGUCAGGUCAUACGAGAAAGUAGUAGCCCCUAUGCCUCUCCCAUUGUCAUUGUGCGUAAGAAAUGUGGUGGCCUGCGUAUGUGUGUUGAUUACAGGCAGCUCAACAGCAAGACCAGGAAAGACGCCUUCCCUCUUCCCCGCAUUGAGGAGUCUGUGGAUGCACUAUCAGGGGCUCAGUGGUUCUCCACGCUGGACCUGGCUAGUGGGUAUAACCAGGUACCUGUUAUCGAACAAGACCGCCCAAAGACCGCCUUCUGCACACCCUUUGGGCUAUUCGAAUUCAACCGCAUGGCCUUUGGAUUAUGUAACGCUCCAAGCACUUUUCAGCGGUUGAUGGAGAGAAUGUUUGGAGCACAACAUUGCCAGUCCCUCUUACUAUAUCUGGACGAUAUAAUUGUUUUUUCUUCCAGUGUCGAAGAACAUGUACACCGUCUGGACCUAGUGUUGAGCCGUCUCUUGAAGGAGGGACUGAAAGCUAAGCUGGAGAAAUGUUGUUUUUUCCAGAAGGAAGUCCAGUACCUAGGCCACCUUGUCUCCCGCCAUGGCGUGUCCACUGAUCCGGCCAAGGUAUCCGCAGUGGCUAAGUGGCCCCGUCCCACCACAGUAUCCGAGCUGAGGUCUUUCCUUGGUUUUGCAGGGUAUUACAGGCGAUUUGUGGAGGGCUUUUCCAAGCUGGCCUCUCCCUUAAAUCGCCUGGGGGCGGAGCUGGCCGAUACCAAGACCCGGAAGGGCAAAGGGCCACGGCUUGAUAAAGCGUGGACAGAUGCCUGUGAGACCAGCUUCCAGGCAUUGAAGCAGAGAUUGGUGAGUGCCCCCACGUUGGCGUUUGCUGAUUUUAACCUACCUUUUAUUCUCGAGGUGGAUGCCAGCCACACCGGUCUCGGAGCAGUGCUAUCGCAGGAGCAGCAAGGAAAGAUCCGGCCAGUCGCUUACGCUAGUCGUAGCCUCAGUCCAGCGGAAAGGAACUAUAGUUCGAUGAAGCUGGAGUUUCUGGGGAUGAAGUGGGCCAUGACCAACAAGUUCCGGGAAUAUCUGUGGGGCCAGCAAUGCACCGUCUGGACGGACAAUAACCCGCUGAGCCAUCUGGGGACUGCCAAGUUGGGGGCGACAGAACAGCGGUGGGAGGCUGAGCUCGCUGCUUUCAAUUAUACCAUUCGGUAUCGGCCUGGUCGUACUAACAGGAAUGCAGAUGCUCUCUCCCGACAACCUACAGGGCCACCGGGACAGACCACCCAGUCCUCCAUUCCAGGGACAGCCAUACCAGCUCUGGUGCAGCAAGCAGCCAGACACCAAGACCCAUCACUGGCGACCCAGAUGACGAUCUCGGCCUUCCCCUCCCGCACCCCUGAGGAUUUAAAAGGGCUGCAGGCAGCAGACCCCACCAUCGGGGCCUUCUUGCCAUUUUGGCAGGCGCAGAGACUACCUGACCCGGCCGUGCGGAGAACAUUGCCUGGCCCUACCCGUGUGCUGCUGCAACAAUGGGACCGUGUUGUUGUGGGAGGUGAUGGGCUGCUCUAUCGCCGAAUCUUCCGACCAGAUGGGGGUGAAGAGAUGCGUCAGCUGCUGUUGCCUGCAUGCCUAAAAGAAGAGGUCCUGCAGCAGCUCCACAACGACCAUGGCCACCAGGGUAUCGAACGUACCACUGAUCUGAUAAGACUGCGGUGCUACUGGCCAGGAAUGGGAGAGGAUAUAAAGCACUGGUGUCAGAACUGUGAGCGGUGCACCCUUGCGAAGUCUUCGCAGCCCAGACUCCAGGCGCCCAUGGGGCACCUCUUAGCAUCGCGCCCAAACCAAAUAUUGGCUGUGGAUUUCACCUUCUUGGAGCCUGCAAUGGAUGGUAGAGAGCAAGUGUUGAUCAUGACUGAUGUGUUCACUAAAUUCACACAGGCUGUGCCCACCAGGGACCAGAAGGCAACGACUGUGGCGAACGCCCUCAUCCGGGAAUGGUUCUUCCGCUUCGGGGUUCCAGCUCGCCUGCACUCCGAUCAGGGACGCAGCUUCGAGAACGCCAUCAUCUACCAGCUGUGUGCCCUGUACGGGAUCCAGAAGACCCGGACAACCCCUUACCACCCUCAGGGAAAUGGCCAGUGUGAGCGCUUCAACCGCACGAUGCAUGAUCUGCUCCGGACUCUACCCGUGGACCUGAAGCGCCGCUGGCCAGAGCACCUACCCCAGCUAGUGUUUAGUUACAACACUGCUGUCCAUCAGUCAACUGGUGAGUCACCAUAUUACCUGAUGUUUGGCCAAGAUCCCCAGUUACCCGUGGAUUUCCUGCUUGGCAGGGUACAAGAGCCUGAACAGGGACAUGUGUGUGAAUGGGUCCGAGAGCACCAGCUGCGCCUUAAUGUGGCAUUCCAGAAUGCCGCAGAGCGCUUGCAAGUGGCUGCUUCAAAGAGAAAAGAACGCCAUGACCAGAAAAUCCAGUGUGAGCCGUUGACAGAAGGUCAGCAUGUCUACAUCAGAGAUCAUACAAUAAGAGGCCGUUCGAAGAUCCAAGAUGCCUGGGGCGCCAUGGUCCAUCAGAUCAUUCGUGCACCUCCACCUGGUGGGGUAGUGUACUCUGUGGCCCCAACACAAGACUUAAGCAAAGUGCGACAAGUCCAUCGAACCAUGCUAAAGCCUGCCCACUUGGAUCAGGGCCCACCACCACCCGACAGGCCUGUGGAACUGCAGGAAGACACAAGCCAGCCGGACAGUGAUGACACCCCUGGUCAAUGGCUCCUUGUCCGCUCCCUGGGAGACAUUCCACCCACCCAACUUGCCACGACUCCUCCAGUGAAUGCCCCCAUGCUGGCUUUGCCUGCCUCCACACAUGUUGCCCCCACCACAGGCGAGAUGCCGGCUGACUUAGUGGCACCCAGGAAAACCGCUCGGACCAAUGCAGGAAGACAUGCUAACCCACAUCACCUUCCAGUAUCAGUGGUGAGUACGGCAGAUGGGGCUACGAACUCUCAGAGUUCUAUAGCCUCGUAUGGGUACGUGGUUCCCGUGUGCAACCAAGGGUUGCUGGUUCACGCCACUGUUGAGAGUCUCCCUGUGGAGAUUUCUGAAGACUCACCAGAAAUGGAAGCUGUUGUGGCUAGCAUGCAGGCUCCUAAUGUAGAAGGUAUACCGAAGCAGCUCAACAGCAAGACCAGGAAAGACGCCUUCCCUCUUCCCCGCAUUGAGGAGUCUUUGGAUGCACUAUCAGGGGCUCAGUGGUUCUCCACGCUGGACCUGGCUAGUGGGUAUAACCAGGUACCUGUUAUCGAACAAGACCGCCCAAAGACCGCCUUCUGCACACCCUUUGGGCUAUUCGAAUUCAACCGCAUGGCCUUUGGAUUAUGUAACGCUCCAAGCACUUUUCAGCGGUUGAUGGAGAGAAUGUUUGGAGCACAACAUUGCCAGUCCCUCUUACUAUAUCUGGACGAUAUAAUUGUUUUUUCUUCCAGUGUCGAAGAACAUGUACACCGUCUGGACCUAGUGUUGAGCCGUCUCUUGAAGGAGGGACUGAAAGCUAAGCUGGAGAAAUGUUGUUUUUUCCAGAAGGAAGUCCAGUACCUAGGCCACCUUGUCUCCCGCCAUGGCGUGUCCACUGAUCCGGCCAAGGUAUCCGCAGUGGCUAAGUGGCCCCGUCCCACCACAGUAUCCGAGCUGAGGUCUUUCCUUGGUUUUGCAGGGUAUUACAGGCGAUUUGUGGAGGGCUUUUCCAAGCUGGCCUCUCCCUUAAAUCGCCUGGGGGCGGAGCUGGCCGAUACCAAGACCCGGAAGGGCAAAGGGCCACGGCUUGAUAAAGCGUGGACAGAUGCCUGUGAGACCAGCUUCCAGGCAUUGAAGCAGAGAUUGGUGAGUGCCCCCACGUUGGCGUUUGCUGAUUUUAACCUACCUUUUAUUCUCGAGGUGGAUGCCAGCCACACCGGUCUCGGAGCAGUGCUAUCGCAGGAGCAGCAAGGAAAGAUCCGGCCAGUCGCUUACGCUAGUCGUAGCCUCAGUCCAGCGGAAAGGAACUAUAGUUCGAUGAAGCUGGAGUUUCUGGGGAUGAAGUGGGCCAUGACCAACAAGUUCCGGGAAUAUCUGUGGGGCCAGCAAUGCACCGUCUGGACGGACAAUAACCCGCUGAGCCAUCUGGGGACUGCCAAGUUGGGGGCGACAGAACAGCGGUGGGAGGCUGAGCUCGGACGCAGCUUCGAGAACGCCAUCAUCUACCAGCUGUGUGCCCUGUACGGGAUCCAGAAGACCCGGACAACCCCUUACCACCCUCAGGGAAAUGGCCAGUGUGAGCGCUUCAACCGCACGAUGCAUGAUCUGCUCCGGACUCUACCCGUGGACCUGAAGCGCCGCUGGCCAGAGCACCUACCCCAGCUAGUGUUUAGUUACAACACUGCUGUCCAUCAGUCAACUGGUGAGUCACCAUAUUACCUGAUGUUUGGCCAAGAUCCCCAGUUACCCGUGGAUUUCCUGCUUGGCAGGGUACAAGAGCCUGAACAGGGACAUGUGUGUGAAUGGGUCCGAGAGCACCAGCUGCGCCUUAAUGUGGCAUUCCAGAAUGCCGCAGAGCGCUUGCAAGUGGCUGCUUCAAAGAGAAAAGAACGCCAUGACCAGAAAAUCCAGUGUGAGCCGUUGACAGAAGGUCAGCAUGUCUACAUCAGAGAUCAUACAAUAAGAGGCCGUUCGAAGAUCCAAGAUGCCUGGGGCGCCAUGGUCCAUCAGAUAAUUCGUGCACCUCCACCUGGUGGGGUAGUGUACUCUGUGGCCCCAACACAAGACUUAAGCAAAGUGCGACAAGUCCAUCGAACCAUGCUAAAGCCUGCCCACUUGGAUCAGGGCCCACCACCACCCGACAGGCCUGUGGAACUGCAGGAAGACACAAGCCAGCCGGACAGUGAUGACACCCCUGGUCAAUGGCUCCUUGUCCGCUCCCUGGGAGACAUUCCACCCACCCAACUUGCCACGACUCCUCCAGUGAAUGCCCCCAUGCUGGCUUUGCCUGCCUCCACACAUGUUGCCCCCACCACAGGCGAGAUGCCGGCUGACUUAGUGGCACCCAGGAAAACCGCUCGGACCAAUGCAGGAAGACAUGCUAACCCACAUCACCUUCCAGUAUCAGUGGUGAGUACGGCAGAUGGGGCUACGAACUCUCAGAGUUCUAUAGCCUCGUAUGGGUACGUGGUUCCCGUGUGCAACCAAGGGUUGCUGGUUCACGCCACUGUUGAGAGUCUCCCUGUGGAGAUUUCUGAAGACUCACCAGAAAUGGAAGCUGUUGUGGCUAGCAUGCAGGCUCCUAAUGUAGAAGGUAUACCGAAGCAGCUCAACAGCAAGACCAGGAAAGACGCCUUCCCUCUUCCCCGCAUUGAGGAGUCUUUGGAUGCACUAUCAGGGGCUCAGUGGUUCUCCACGCUGGACCUGGCUAGUGGGUAUAACCAGGUACCUGUUAUCGAACAAGACCGCCCAAAGACCGCCUUCUGCACACCCUUUGGGCUAUUCGAAUUCAACCGCAUGGCCUUUGGAUUAUGGUAUUACAGGCGAUUUGUGGAGGGCUUUUCCAAGCUGGCCUCUCCCUUAAAUCGCCUGGGGGCGGAGCUGGCCGAUACCAAGACCCGGAAGGGCAAAGGGCCACGGCUUGAUAAAGCGUGGACAGAUGCCUGUGAGACCAGCUUCCAGGCAUUGAAGCAGAGAUUGGUGAGUGCCCCCACGUUGGCGUUUGCUGAUUUUAACCUACCUUUUAUUCUCGAGGUGGAUGCCAGCCACACCGGUCUCGGAGCAGUGCUAUCGCAGGAGCAGCAAGGAAAGAUCCGGCCAGUCGCUUACGCUAGUCGUAGCCUCAGUCCAGCGGAAAGGAACUAUAGUUCGAUGAAGCUGGAGUUUCUGGGGAUGAAGUGGGCCAUGACCAACAAGUUCCGGGAAUAUCUGUGGGGCCAGCAAUGCACCGUCUGGACGGACAAUAACCCGCUGAGCCAUCUGGGGACUGCCAAGUUGGGGGCGACAGAACAGCGGUGGGAGGCUGAGCUCGCUGCUUUCAAUUAUACCAUUCGGUAUCGGCCUGGUCGUACUAACAGGAAUGCAGAUGCUCUCUCCCGACAACCUACAGGGCCACCGGGACAGACCACCCAGUCCUCCAUUCCAGGGACAGCCAUACCAGCUCUGGUGCAGCAAGCAGCCAGACACCAAGACCCAUCACUGGCGACCCAGAUGACGAUCUCGGCCUUCCCCUCCCGCACCCCUGAGGAUUUAAAAGGGCUGCAGGCAGCAGACCCCACCAUCGGGGCCUUCUUGCCAUUUUGGCAGGCGCAGAGACUACCUGACCCGGCCGUGCGGAGAACAUUGCCUGGCCCUACCCGUGUGCUGCUGCAACAAUGGGACCGUGUUGUUGUGGGAGGUGAUGGGCUGCUCUAUCGCCGAAUCUUCCGACCAGAUGGGGGUGAAGAGAUGCGUCAGCUGCUGUUGCCUGCAUGCCUAAAAGAAGAGGUCCUGCAGCAGCUCCACAACGACCAUGGCCACCAGGGUAUCGAACGUACCACUGAUCUGAUAAGACUGCGGUGCUACUGGCCAGGAAUGGGAGAGGAUAUAAAGCACUGGUGUCAGAACUGUGAGCGGUGCACCCUUGCGAAGUCUUCGCAGCCCAGACUCCAGGCGCCCAUGGGGCACCUCUUAGCAUCGCGCCCAAACCAAAUAUUGGCUGUGGAUUUCACCUUCUUGGAGCCUGCAAUGGAUGUAUCUGUGUAUGAGUAUGUCAAGCACCCAUUGUAA